AUGGACUCGAAACAAUUUCGCGAUGCGGCCAAGGGAGCCAUUGACGAGAUCGCAGCAUACUACGAUAAUAUAGAGGAGAGACCCGUUUUGCCAUCCGUCACUCCCGGAUAUCUGCGCCCUCUCAUCCCUGACUCAGCACCAGAAGAAGGAGAGUCAUGGGAAACCAUCCAAUCCGACAUCGACCGUGUCAUUAUGCCGGGUCUGACACAUUGGCAAUCGCCAAAGUUCAUGGCUUUUUUCCCAUGCAAUUCCUCCUUCCCGGCCAUGCUUGGCGACAUGUACUCUGGAGCUUUCAACGCAGCGGCCUUCAACUGGAUCUGCUCGCCUGCAAUCACAGAGCUAGAGACUGUGGUGAUGGACUGGGUCGCUAAGUUGAUUGCUCUGCCUGACGCUUUCUUGAGCCAGGGCGAGGGCGGUGGUAUCAUCCAAGGAACAGCCAGCGAAGUAAUCGUCACCGCCGUAGUCGCAGCUCGCGAACGUGUCAUUCGCAGACGCCUCAAGGACAUGCCCGAAGGCGAGGAGAAGAUGGAUGCCGCAGCCGACCUCCGUGGCAAACUUGUAGCGAUGGGCUCCGAGCACGCCCACUCUUCCACCCAGAAAGCCGCCAUCAUCGCCGGCACACGCUUCCGUACAGUAUCCGCUCCCGCAGAAAACAACUACAGCGUCUCAGCAGCAUCGCUAAGGAAGACCAUUGAAGAAUCAGAAGCGAAGGGCCUCAUCCCGUUCUACUUCACCGCUACCAUUGGCAGCACAGCAACCUGCGCCGUCGACGACCUCGCUGGUAUCGCCGAGCUCGCUAAAGAAUACCCGGAUAUCUGGAUCCACGUCGACGCCGCCUACGCCGGCUCCGCACUCGUUUGCCCGGAGUACCAGCACCUCUGCCCACCGAUCGCAGCAUUCGACUCCUUCAACUUCAACCUGCACAAGUGGCUGCUCGUCAACUUCGACUGCAGCGCCUUCUUCAUCAAGCGCCGCAAAGACCUCAUCGACACAUACUCCAUCACACCGUCCUACCUGCGUAACGAAUUCACAGAGGCCGGACUUGUCACAGACUACCGCGAUUGGCAGAUCCCACUCGGUCGCCGCUUCCGCUCGCUCAAAGUGUGGUUUGUCUUGCGCUCGUAUGGCGUGAAAGGGUUGCAGGCUUUCAUCCGCAAUCACGUUCAGCUUGGCGUGUCCUUCGGACAGCAGAUCAAGAGCCGGCCUGAUCUGUUCAAGAUCACAACGGAAGCUAGCUUCGGCCUGGUCACGUUCCAGGUCACGCCCAACCCGCCGACGCCCAGUGGUGGGAAGGCGGAUAAGCCGAAUCCAAGGCAUGAGGCGUACACGAGUGACUUUACGCCGAGUGGGGAGGCGCAGUACAGAGAUGAUUGCAAUCAGGUGACGAAGAGGGUGUAUGAGAAGAUCAAUAGCCAAGGAGAAUUUUACAUCAGUAGUUCGGUGGUUUGUGGGACGUAUAUUAUUCGCAUUGUCAGUGCGAAUACGGCGGCGGAGGAGAAGUAUCUCAAGAUGGUGUUUGAUAGGCUUGUGGAAGCUGUUGAGGAGGAGAGGGGUGGGAAGCAGGCUGAGGACGCCAAGUCCGCUUAG